GAAGUGAGGCCCGAAGACACGGGGGUUCACCAGUGUCUCGGGGAGCAAUCUGGAGGUUGUUGGGUUUGCACGAUUGGGGAAUCAAAUGCUGUCGUUACCAGGCGGACCCACGGAACGAGAUAUUGCGUAAAAUGUCGUUUGAAAAGCGGGAUUGUAUACACGUACACGUACACUACUGUACAGCUCUCUUCCCGCCAUGUGCGUGAAUUGGUUGGUUGACUCUCAAGUACGUCGAUAUGCACUCAGGGCUCCUCUUUGUUCUUGUGUUUGACGUGGCAGACGCGCGUAGCAGUGGCAGUGCUUCGGAAUGUGGUGUACCUUUUCAGCCUUCCCCGGAUGUUGUGGAUGACGUCGGAAAGGGCCGCAAUGGAGAGGAUUCAUCAUUUUGGCGGAGAAUAUCAGGGUUAUCCCUACUCCUGGUGGAGCAGGGGAGGCCAGUCCAUAGGGAAUCCAAGAGCCUUAUUGAACAUACGGUGAACAAGAGGAUGGACACUAUGACCGGAAAGAGGUCAAAAUAUGUGAGGGAAAAUAAGAACUUGGAAGUGGGAAAAAGCAACAAGGACAAAGUCGCAUUCCGUCUGUUGGCAACUAACGGUAAACUGCAAAGUGACAAAACAACAGCGGGUGACAACCCAAGAGUUUACCCCCUGUAUCCACGCAACCAUGCGCCCACCAUCCCUAACCCCUCCUCCAAACCUGGAAAGGCACCCCAAGGGCCCAGCGGAGCCUCCAUCUUCGGCAUUCCAGGCCGAUCGCGCCCCAUUGGAGCAGCUGGACAUGUUGGUCGUCCUGAAACAAAUUCCAUGUUGUCCCCCGUUGGCAACCCUUCCUUCACUCGACCAUCCUCCUUCUUCCCAGAAAGCUUGAGGCGAAUCCUCCGAAUUCCGAUUCACCAGAAACACCACGACAGCGACUUCGCUCCACCAACAUGGCGUAUUACCCGAUCCACUUUGAACCGCAUUGUGGUUCUCGGUAACGCAGCACCCCGACGACUCUACCGCCAGGUGGUGCCCCCGUUUGUGCCGGGCCCCUGGCAAUAA